CAUUCAGAAAAGGGGUCUCAUUUCAUUCAUUCUUUACCUAAAAAGCUAAUGAUGCUUUUCUGAGAAGCAAACAAGGAGUUAUAAAGCUCAUACUCUUCAGUACCUACUGCAGCCCUGUUCCCUCUGUAUCCAGCACCAGAGCAUUUACCAAGCACAGUGAGAAACGUCCCCAACAUUCCUGGUAACAAGUAGAUCUUACUGCUGUAAAGUGGGUUUAGCUCUCGUUUGGACUACAUGACUACAUGACCACAAUCCUCCUCCUAGUCCCCAUCCAGCCCCACGGAAUGAUAUCCUCCGCACAGCCAGAUAAUGCCGUCCAUCCCCGUGGGUUUACUCCAGGCAGUCCCUCCCUUUCAGCCGAAGUGCUGGGCUGGACUCGGCUUUCCGGAGCCGCUAUCCGCCUACAGCUCCUCAUGCAGGCAGCGAAUCCCCGCAGCAGCCCCGGCAGCGCCGCUCGCCGCUGCCGCAGGAGGGAUGAGCGGCGGGGUCAGCCCCGGCAUGUGCGGCCCCGGGCCCCCCCGCGCUGCCCCCGGCAUGUGCGGCCCUGCCCGCGGGGCGGGGGUCACCCGCCCCCCUGCCCCCAGCCCGGGGCCGCCGGCUCCGGCCCGGCCCCGCUCCGGCCCCGCGCACGGCAGCAGGCGGCGGGGCCCCGCCGGCCCCCGGGGAGCCGCGGCGGGGGCGGAUGGAGACAGCGGGCACGGCGGCGGGCUGGGUUAUUUUCUUCUAUCUUCCUCUCAUCUCUGGAAGCUCCAUCAAUAUUGGGAUAGGCAGCAAUUAUUCCAAUCUUCCGAUUGCCUCGAACCACAGCAGCACGUCCAGCGCCUUCCCCAGCCCCCGAGAGUACGGUGGUGACAGCAGCCUGCUGGUGUCGCCGCUGCUGGUGGCAGGGGUGGUCAUUGGGCUGGUGCUCUUCCUGAGCUGUGCCACCAUCGUGGUGGGCAGCCUGCGCAGGGACAGUCGGCUCGGGCACCCGCGCCGGGGAGCGGAGGCUGCGGACGCUCCAGAUGGUUUCUCUCCCGGCGGCUCCUCUGCGGAGCUGAGAUCCACCUGCACCGAGGAGUUUCCCCCAGCCUGUGAUUUUGACUCCUAUCUGGACAUACUUUCUCAGGUGAACAUCAUGUAUCCUGAUCCACCUCCAUGCUACGAUGAAUGUGUGGGACCAGGAGCAACACAAAUAUAUAUUCCCACAGAUGAUCCCCCCCCAUAUUCCCUUACGGACCCUUGCCAAAGAAAUGAAAUGCCUACAAAUAUCUGUAUCAGCCAGGAAGAGGAAGCAGCAUCUGGGACUGCAGGAUGGGCUGCACACUCUGCAGUGAGGCUGCAGGACUUGCAGCAGCCCAGCUCGGCCAUCGCGGUGAUCUCCCAGUGCUGCUCCCCCGUGCGGGACAGCGGCGUGUGAGCACAGCCUGCUCCAGCAGAGACACGGAACACGCUCCCACAGCCACCGGAUCCCAAAUCACACCACUGAAAGUGGCUCUUUCCUUCGACUCUUCCCAAGAACUCACACCAGUGGAAGAAUCAAACCUCUGGAAGUUUUAUCAAUUUUAUAUCGUUAAACAGGGAUACAAUGGGAUUUUUUUUUACAGUGGAUUUUGCAAGUAUACCUAAAAUUCCCUGUUUGUUUCAAAGUGUUCCAUGGCAUCACACAGCAUCGAAGAGCAGCAGAGACAAGCAGUGCAUCUGACCUUAUAGAAGCACUGCAAAACCCAUUGAAAUCAGCCACUCAUAAUGAAGAUAAAUGUUAUCCAGUCAAGGUUACUUGUUGGUUUUAUGAUACUUUGCAUGGUUUAGAACAGAAGGAAAAAGAAGACCAUUUUGUUGUCAUUGUGGGUGUCACUAGUACGUCUUGUUCAGUGUAUUGAAAACAAAGCAUUUUUAAAUAACUCUUUGUCUAUCUAUCUAUGUGUUUCAGUAGGCAAAGCACUGCCUAAAAAAAUUAUCAGUACCAUGUAGAAGCAAAAGAAAAAAAAAAUUUAAAUAUUCACAUUAUUCAUUGUUCCCAGGCUUUCCUGGCCAUUGCAAAGCCUGCUGCAAGUCUUCCUCAAAAGAAACCAUCCCCAAAUGGUGGAGGGGUGGCAGUGGGUCCCCAAAGUGCAGCUGGCUUUACCUGCAGAAGCCGCAGCACAGCGGUGUAGGCUGCAGCUGUACAUCCUUCACGGGCCUUGCUGCAGCCAAGGGAAGGGCACAGGAAUCCUAGAGGAUGCUUCAGGCCAAUUCCCACACACGGCUGCAUUUCCAGGCACAAAGCAGUUUCUCCAUGAGGAGCCUGGGUGUUACCGUGU